AUGCCUCAAGAGGACUAUGAGAUCUACAAGCUUGGUGACUGGGAGCUCCAAAGUGGGCAAAAGAUCGCCAAUGCGCAUAUCGCUUUCACAACAUUUGGAGAUCCCAAGUCGCCAGCUAUCCUGUAUCCGAGUUGGUUUUCAGGCUUGCUGUCGGAUAAUUUCUGGCUUAUCGGAGAAGACAAAACUCUGAAUCCGAAGGACUAUUUUAUCAUUGUUACCGGCCUUUUUGGAAACGGGCAGUCCUCAUCGCCAUCAAAUCAGCCUAAGCCCGGACCAUUCCCGAAGGUCUCAUUCUAUGAUAAUGUGCGGGCGCAACACGAACUUCUCACUAAGCACUUCGGGAUCGCACACCUGCGCGCUGUGGUGGGGUGGUCCAUGGGAGCUGGCCAAACGUUCCAAUGGGCAACUCAAUAUCCCGAAUUCAUGGACAUUGCCGUACCAUUCUGUGGAUCAGCGAAGACUUCCUUGCAUAACCAAGUUUUUCUGGAAGGUGUGAAAAGUGCUCUUCUAGCCGUCAAGAAUACUCCAUCUGCAGGAUCUGGAGAGAUCGGAGUGCAGACGUCCCCGACGGAGUUCCGUACUUGGACAGCUGAGGAAAAGGAAAUUGGCCUCAAAGCAAUGGGUAGGGUCUAUGCUGGAUGGGGGUUCAGUCAGGCGUUUUAUCGACACAAGUUGUAUGAGACUGUCCUGGGCUACAAAGGGCUUGAGGAUUUCAUGCAAAACUUCUGGGAGAAGUGGGCUUGCUCCAAAGGGAAAGCAGCUAAAUGUGCAAUCACAGACCCUGAGAAUCUACUUGUCAUGAUCCAAACAUGGCAGAAUGGAGAUGUGUCCAAGCAGGAACCCUACAAUGGUGACUUUGGGAAGGCACUUGCAUCAAUCAAGGCAAAGACCCUUGUUCUGCCAGCCCAGACAGACCUCUACUUCCCACCAGAGGACUCCGAGUAUGAAGUCAAUUGCAUGGCACCAGGGGUUGGAAAAUUAGAUAUUUUCCCAUCUAUUUGGGGACACUGGGCAGGAGGUCCUGGAGAUAGUCAGGAGGACGUGAAAUGGCUGGAUAAGCAGCUUCAACAAUUCUUUGCGGCAGAUAUGGCAGAUUUGGCUAAGGAAGUUCAGAAUGUGUUAUAG